UACCGCUCUGACCCUCCCCCUUUCUACUACGGGCAAGAAUAUGACCUUGAGGGGAAACCCUUCCUGAACAAGUCCCUACCUUGGGAGGCCAGUGCUCAUCCGAGCAGCCGGUUCGAACCUCGUCCCUCGCGACGACGCCACGUCCUAGGACCCCCGGACCAGUGGCCUGCUGUACCCAAUUAACAGCACGGACAUACUAGCUCUACAUGUAUAUCAAAGAUUCUCCACUUCACGGUCUUUGCUACUACUACGUAUCUCAGCCUUGUUUAGCUCACCGUGUCUAAGUUCUAAAGUGUCUACACCUGCUGUUCGGCGUUUGGCGCCAUUAUUACCUUCCCGAAGAAGACUAACCAAGCAUAGGCCCACGCAAGCACACCACUGCAUGUACUUAUAACGGAUUUCUCAGCAGUUUAUCAUUAAAAUUUCUGUUAUCCUUUAGAGC